GGGGGGCGCUUGAGUUUUGAUCUGGGAGAAAGCGGCGGCGGCGGAGGUCCGGCCUGCCGGCGGUGCGUGGGUCAUCUUCUCGGCCUCUCGUCUCUUCCUCUCCCGCUCUUCGUCGCCGGAGAAAAGAGUGCCGAUCGACAAGCGGUGAGAUGACAAUGGACGGUCGAUGAUGCGGGAAGUGAAGCCGGAGGGAAACAUAGGCUUGCAGUGGAUUGUGGGCCUUUAUUGGGCCGUUGGAGGCGAUAUUUCUUUAUCCAACUUACACAAGGUUCGGAUCAGUGCCGAAUGAAUCCGACCCGCUUUGCAGCCCCACCCGAACUUGAACUCACUAUAAUUGCUGGAAGAGCACGAAUAAGAUUUACCCAAAUCCACCACCCCAAUCCCUCCACCUUCCUUUCCCUUUUGUCCUCUCCCCAAACUGCCCCGGUGUAAGAUCCAGAGAACUCCUCCACCGCUCCCUUUCCGCGUUCUCGUCGCCGUGGCGGCGUUGAAACGGCCGGCGACGGCUUCCGAUCGAACCCUCCGAGUUUUACAGCAUGAAGAGUGAUAAAAAGACUUUUGUUGCCCCAGCCAUAGUUUUUACUCCUUUGAAGCCUAUCACAUCUGCACAUGGUAGUUCUGGUGGUCAUCCAACUACAUUACAACCAUUACUGCAUACAUGGACACGGCCUGUUGUUUUGUUGUCUCCGGCCACACCCUGGGCUGCUCAACCACCUAUUCCAUCAGCUUCAGAGAUUUCAUCCAUGCAGAAUAAUUGCCAAAAGGAGAAGGUGAUGGACAUGGCAAGUACUGAUUCUAUGCAAGUAGGGGAUGGCAGUAACGUGAGAUGGGUACCAAGGAUUGAUAUGUUGUUUGACAGUGAGAAUGAUGCAUAUGAGUUUUAUAAUGCAUAUGCAGAGAACGUGGGUUUUAUAGUCAGGAGAUCAACAUUGUGGACAUCAAAAAAUAUCAUCACUAGGAGGACGUUUGUGUGCUCAAGGGAAGGCUUUCGAGAAAAGAAAAAAGGUGCAAAAGAGGCUAAGUGUCCAAGACCUGAAACAAGAAUUGGUUGCCCAGCAUGCAUGACCAUCAGGCUCACACCUAGUGGAAAGUACCGCGUGACUGAAUUUGCACCGAACCACAACCAUCAGAUAGCAACUGUGUCUACAAUCCAUACAUUGAGGGCAAAAAAACUCAGGCGUAAGGCUCGAGUUGCUAGAGCAGAUCUGACAGAUGAUACUGUGACAACACCAGAGUUUGAAACUGAGGAUGAUGCCUAUGAAUUCUACAACAUGUAUGCUGGUAGGUUAGGAUUCAGUGUUCGAAGAGCAAGUGUGACUGUCAAUGCAGAAAAUGCGAUAACAAGAAGGAUGUUUGUUUGUUCACGAGAAGGCUUUCGUGAGCAGAAAAAAGGAGCAAAGAGGGUAAAGAAGCCCCGUCCCGAAUUCAGAACAGGUUGUCCUGCCUGUAUGGUCAUUCGAAUAACGCCUAGUGGCAAGUAUCAAGUAACGGAAUUUGUUACAUAUCAUAACCAUCAGCUAGAAGCUUCUCUUUCUACUGAGAACUUGAUAUCUCAGACUGCAGAUAAUGGUUUAGAUCGUGCUGCAGAAAUGGCUGAUGAAUCUGCAGAGAAUGCAGACAAUAAGCAAGUACAAUCUCGUCAACAUUGCACCUUGCUUUCUGCUGAUAAGAAAAACCAUCUUCCAACCAAGCGUAUUAAGGCUAUUCAGGUUGGUGAUGCUGGGGCCACAUUGGAGUAUUUACAAAAGAUGCAGGAAGAUAACCCAUCAUUCUACUACGCCAUAAAAGUUAACAAAGAUGAUGAUUUAUCAAACUUCUUUUGGGCGGAUGCAAAAUCUAUGAUGGAUUUUUGUUACUUUGGUGAUGUUGUAUUCUUUGAUACUACCUACAAAAUACUUGGUUAUGGUAGGCCAUUUGUGUUAUUUACUGGUGUAAAUCAUCAUCACCAAACUAUCAUAUUUGGUUCUGCGCUACUGUAUGAUGAAAACACAGAUUCGGUGAAGUGGUUGUUUGAGAGUUUCAAGGCAGCAAUGAGUGGGAAACAACCUAAAACAAUUUUAACAGAACGUUCAGCAGCUAUAAGCGAAGCAAUAGCUGCAGUUUGGCCAGGUACAGUACAUAGAUUCUGCAUUUGGCAUAUAUAUCAAAAUGCUGUCAUGCAACUAAGUCAAGCAUUCCAUGGAUCAAAAACUUUUGGAUAUGAUUUUAGCCGAUGCUUAUUUGACUUUGAAGAUGAAGAAGAUUUCUUGAGAGAAUGGGAGGCUAUGUGCAGAAAGUAUGAACUUAAAGAAAAUGAAUGGUUGGGUCAGUUAUUUGAGGAAAGGGAAAAAUGGUCGCUUGUAUAUGGACGGGAAGCAUUUUAUGCAGAUAUGAAAAGUGCCCAACAGAAAGAGAGUAUUGGUACCGAAUUGAAGAAAUAUUUGACCGCUGAGACUGACCUUCUGUCCUUUUUUGAAAAUUAUGAGAAAAUAUUAUCUGAGAAAAGGUCUGCAGAGAUACAAGCUGAUUUUAGUGCUAGUUUGAAUACAAAGAAGCCACCUUCUAUGCGCAUGCUGAAGCAGGCUGCAAAUGCUUACACUCCAGCUGCCUACAGAAUGUUUGAAAGGGAGUUUGAAUCAUACAUGGAUUGUAUGUUAUAUAGUUUAGGUGAAGUUGGCACGAUAUCUCAAUACAACGUUAUAGUCGAUGAGAAACCUAAAGAACAUUUGGUGAAAUUUGAUUCUGUAGAUGGUUCUGCCACAUGCAGUUGCAAAAAAUUUGAAUUUCUUGGGAUACAAUGUUGCCAUGUGUUGAAAGUACUAGAUACAAGAAAUAUUAAAGAGAUCCCAUCACAGUACAUCUUGAAAAGAUGGAGAAAGGAUGCUAAGAACAGUGAGUUAAGUCAAAACCUAGCUCUCUCUUUUGGUGAUCCUCAGUCCUCGGUAACAAAUCGCUGUAACAUUUUAUGCCGCAUUUUUGGUCUAGCUGCAGCACAUGCGGCUAAAUCUUUAGAUUCAUAUGCAUUUCUCGAAGGCCAAGCAGAACUACUCAAUAAUCAGAUUGAACAAUUUUUACAGACGAGAUCUGUAGAAACAACUUCUGUAAUAUCUGCUCCAUCUGAUCGACUACAAAAUCCAGUUGAAAGUGGAGUACCUGAAAGCCUGCAGUAUGAUAAAACAAAUCAAGCAAUAUUUGUAGACAGCACAUCACACGGAUUUCUAGGUUCCAGACAGUCUCACCCAACCAUGUGUUGGGGUCAAUUCUCAUCCGGGCCACCAGAAUUGUGACGAUACGAUCCCAUGGUGUAUUUUACUAAUCUUGUACACUUAUGUAGGGCAGGAUUUUUAUCAUGCUUAUUUAGUUUAUGCUUAAACAUGUUUGUCUGCCAAGAUUUGGUAAUCAAUUUAGCUCAUUUUACAAGCAACAAGAAUUUGUCUAAAUGGAUAUUUAUUGUAGCUGAAAAAUUCGUUUACUGAUGAUUAGAAUGGCGAACAGAUGGUUUUGGGGGAUCAAAUUCAGACUUGGUUCCUUCAUUGGUUCACAUGAUUUGUGUAAGUUCCUUCUUUUCUUUUAUUUUUGUCAAUUUAAUUUAACUGGUUGAUAGUAUUGCUUUGUUUAAUCAUCCAAAGCAAGCCUAAUCUGUAGCACCUGCUCUUUACAACUUUUUUUCUGCAAUUUUAGAUAUAAAUGAACACCAACCGACAAAUUGUGAAGUACUAGUUCUUAUUGUCAUUCAUCUUUUUGGUCUAUAAAAGGAAGAAUGGUUCGAUCCACUGCGAUCGCCAUCUUCGCCAUCGAAGUUACACUCGGUAAAAGAGUGAUUUUUUCCAUGCCAAAACUCUUCUUCAAUGUACAAAACGACCAUAAACAGAGCAGCCAGAGCAUCGAAUCUGUACAUCUGAUCUAUUUGGAGAGAGCACGUCGCCAUCUUAGAUGACCUGAUGAAUAGAAGGAAGAACAUUUGCGACCGCCAAAGGCUCAGCUCUCGUCGUCGCCAGCGCCGGAAGGCUUGGAGGCCUUGGGGAGGAGGUUGUGGAUGCUAGGCAUCACGCCGCCGCUGGCGAUGGUGACGGAGACCAGCAGCUUCGUUAGCUCAUCGCGUCAUUCCUCACCGUCAACUGGAUGUGCGGCGGCACAAUGCGAGUCUUCUCGUUGUCCCGCGCCGCACUGCCCGCCAACUCCAGCACCUGAAGAAAACAUCAACAGCGGGCAUCGAUCAUCAUGAAUCGAUUCGACAAGAAUUCCCCUUUUGAACCCUAAACUGUGAAAGGAAACUUAAGAAACGCAAACUUCAGCUGCGAGGUACUCCAGCACGGCGGGGAGGUAGACGGGGGUGCCGGCGCCACCUAGCUCAGCGUACUUGCCGGCCUUUAAGAACUGCACGAUCCGGCCGACGGGUACUGGAGGCCAGCCAUGCUACUCCUAGAAGUCCCCUUCUUCGCAGCCCCGGACGCCGGCAGCUAUCGCUUCGCUUAUAGCUGAUCCCGGAGCACACGGAUCGGGAAUCAGGACCGUCAGAUACGAUUAGUAUUGGACGGGUAGGAUUAAAUGUUAUAUGAGUUAGCAUCGGACAAAAAUCAAUUUGUUAUUUUUAUUAUUAUCAUAAAUUGAUAAAACAUAUUCAUUA